GCAGAAGAGGAGUUUCUCCCCUCCAGGGAAUGGAGGCUGAGAGACCACAGGAAGAAGAGGAUGGUGAGCAGGACCCCCCUCAGGAUGAGCAAGGCUGGCCCCCUCCAAAUUCCACCACUCGGCCUUGGCGAUCUGCUCCUCCAUCCCCUCCUCCUCCACGGACCCAUAACACAGCCCUGGGACCCCGCUCGGCCUCCCUGCUCUCCCUGCAGACUGAGCUCCUUCUGGACCUGGUAGCUGAAGCCCAGUCCCGCCGCCUAGAGGAGCAGAGGGCCACCUUCCACGCCCCCCAAAACCCCCCAAUCCUAGCCCCUGCCCCACCCCGUCCUCUUGAGGACAGAGAACAGCUCUACAGCACCAUCCUGAGUCACCAGUGCCAGCGGAUGGAAGCCCAGCGGUCAGAGCCUCCCCUCCCCCCAGGGGGGCAGGAGCUCCUGGAGUUGCUGCUGAGAGUUCAGGGUGGGGGUCGAAUGGAGGAGCAAAGGUCCCAGCCCCCGACACAUACCUGCUGAGACUUGAGUCCCAGCCAGCCCUUCCUCACCCCGGGCUCAAAGCUGGGCAGACCAUUGCAUGCCCUCAACUCUUACGUGGCAGGGGUACCAGAGACUGAAAGACCCAGCACAAAUCUCAAUAUUCAUCGCCCACAUUACCUUCCCUGGGAACUGGACUGGGUGAAAGUCCUCAAACUCUGGGAACAGGCAAGGUGGAAUGGUGAUUUUAACUCCCUCCCCAAGUCCUUGGGAGCUUGAGGCAGGAAGGGGGAUCCCAGGCACCCAUCUCAAGGAGUGGCUGGGAGUCUUCCCUGACUUGUGGGGACACCACCUAUUUGUCAAGCUACUAGGCAGGGUCUGAGGGCUCAGGCCUCCACCUGCGAGGUUAUAACCUGAGAGACAGCUCCCCCCUCCCCCCUAGUAAGAAUGGAAGGUAGAUGGGCACCUGAGAGAUGAAGCCUUUUACGACUAUUCUCCCAGUCCCACCACCAGCAGCCCCCAUCCCUGAGACUGAGGGGUUUACAGGCUGUGAAUGGACCUUUAGCCCUGCCCACCCUCCCUCCCCACUGCUGCUCUGAGUCUGUCUGAUGUUUUGAUUGCGUGAAUAAAUGUAAUUCCCCUCUGGA